AUGGAGCGAAGAAAGAGGGCGAGCCUCGAGGAGGAGGAGGAGGAUUGGAGGAGGCUAGGGGAGGAAAGGAGAGGAACCCGCGGGAGGCUUGGAGGGCACUUUCGGAGGAGGGAGUUUCGACUUUCGAGCCACUGUGGAAACAUAUUCUUCCAGGACCAGAGCCAGAGCCAGAGAGCCAGAGGCACGGGAGGCUAUCCGUUCUGCAGUGGCAGUUGGGACGAGACGAGGACUUGGUGGCCCCCGGGGUAUCGUCCUGAGUUGGACAAGGGUUCGGACCUCUCUACAGCCAACCACAACCCGGGUAGAAGACCGCUGCCCACCCGGCGACAGGACCAGGGCGGUGGCUAA